CCCUGCUCCUCUCUGCAGUGCUCUUUGUUUACUCGUCGAAUUACCCGGCCGCCGCUUGGCAGAAACCCUCCCGAUGCCACCCGGCCACUUCUCCAUCUCCCGGGAAGUUCUGCGGUGACCCAGGCGGGGACGUGGCCUGGAUGGUGGGGAACGCGCUCGACGACAGGCCAACACGAGCCGCGCUCCCCUGAGUCACGCGCAUCAGCUCUGAGUCGGAAACAAAGAAGAAAACCCUCGUGGGCUGCGAUUCGCCCUUCCCCGUGAACCCCAGACGUCACGCGCACGCGGCUAUAGAUGGAGCUCGGGAGCCCGGGCCAGCGCAGUGCAAGCCCACGAGAGCUCAGUGAUGGUGGUGGCGGUGCCGGCUGGCGGGGGGGAUGCGGUGGCGGCGUGGCUAAGGAUGCAUUACAGAGGCGGGCUGCUCUUCAUGUAACUGGAGAGCGUCCGUAAUCUACAGAGGGGGAAGACGGAGCGGGAGCGAGCGGCGGUACCCUGCGCAUUUCCCAGCCGCGCUCUCCGCAGGAGGAGGCUGCCGGGAGCCCCUCUCUGCCGCCCCCCGCCCCAGCCGCCCUCCAGCUCAGCUCACCGGGGAAUGAUGAAAAAGAAUAAUUCUGCAAAAAGGGGGCAACAGGAUGGAAACCAGCAAUCUGCGCAGCCCGAGAAGGUUGGCUGGGUGCGGAAAUUUUGCGGGAAAGGCAUUUUUAGGGAAAUCUGGAAAAACCGUUAUGUGGUUUUGAAGGGAGAUCAGCUUUACAUCUCGGAGAAGGAGGUAAAAGAUGAAAAAAACAUGCAGGAAAUGUUUGACCUGAGUGAUUAUGAGAAAUGUGAAGAGCUCAGGAAGUCCAAAAGCAGAAGUAAAAAGAACCACAGCAAAUUCACCCUCGCCCACUCCAGACAGCCUGGAAACACGGCACCAAACCUGAUCUUCCUGGCUGUGAGUCCAGAAGAGAAAGAGUCCUGGAUUAAUGCCCUCAACUCAGCAAUCACGCGCGCUAAAAACCGCAUCCUAGAUGAGGUGACUGUCGAAGAGGACAGCUACCUCGCCCACCCAACACGUGACAGAGCAAAAAUACAGCACUCCCGACGCCCUCCAACUCGAGGACAUUUGAUGGCUGUGGCAUCUACCUCAACCUCCGACGGCAUGCUGACACUCGACCUGAUCCAGGAGGAAGACGCCUCUCCAGAGGAUCACAGCACUUGCGAACAGAGCUUCCGGGUGGACCUGGAUAAGUCAGUGGCACAUCUCACUGCUGGCCGGCACCGCUCGGAUUCGGAGAACGUCAAGUCAGAGAAAGGCCGGACAGGGAGCCUCCCGAGACGGGAGGUGACCUCAUGGGACAGAUCAGGGCAGCGCAAUGACUCCUUUGACAAAGGGACCAUGUACACUCCACAGGUCCCCAAAAAGCUCUCGCUCUCAGAAAAGAACAAAUGUGCCUCCAUGGAAGAAAUCCUGUCUCGACGGGACUCUUCCACGCACCGGGCGGUGCUGAGGAGGGGGCUGGAGGCUCAGUUUGCCUCAGCAGAACCAGAACAGCUGUCCCGGAUACAAGAACUGGUUGCACUAAAACUGGAAAAAACUCAGGAACUGCUGACGGAGGUGAAGGGCUAUGGGGAAGGCAAGAGAAAGACCAAGGAUUCCAACACCAGCACCACCACCACCUCUUCAUCCUCAUCAUCUUCCAAGUCAGACUCUGAAAGGAUCCUGCAGGAAUCGGAGAGGUUGCUGGGGGAGGCUUCCUCCACCUGGAGCCAAGCCAAGAGGGUGCUGCAGGAGAUCAAAGAGUUGAGGGACCUGUACAAACAGUUUGAACUGCAGCAGUCGGACUCGAAGCCCAAACAGAGCUCACAGUCUCAGUACAGGAAGAGCAUGAUGUGAAGCUCCCUGACCAACAGUGUUGUCUUGUUCGCUCACCGUCCUCUUGGAAACAAAACAGUAUCCGUCCCAGCCAACGCUUGGAAGUCCCCGUUAUCCAGGAACUGUCUUGAAGACGCUUGGAAGUUCAGGCUGACCUCAAGCUUCACGCGAGUCAGAGGCACUCACUGGACUGCAGCUGGCCGGGCUCUGUCCCGGCACAGGUCCCUUUUGUGAACUCCGGGGUCGGCGGCUGUUAUUCUUGUGGUACAUAUACAGCCCUCCGGAAGGAGGGCAACAGGUAUGCAAUCUGUGUUCAAACUAACCCUGUCUGUCCACUGAGGCUUUACGGAACCCCCCGGCCCUGUGCAAUGGGAGUUAGCGGCGAUAUGUCUUCCUUUCUGUGCAAAUAGAGGAUCAAAGCCUUGAAUCUAUCAGACAGCUGAUAUGGGUUGUUUUGGUGGGGGGGGAGGGGGGAUGUUUUUUCUGGCUUUUCCAUUUUCAUUCCAUUCCCCCCCCCCCCCCUUUUCUUUGAGCUGGAGGAAAAUGGAAAAAUCAGGGUUGUGUGCAAGGGGCAGCAGGAAACCAAGAGCCAAAGUAGUUUUAGUGGGUUUGAGUCUGGUCUCUCAUGCAUGCACACGCUUGGAUUUUGCCAGCGUGACUGCAACAGAGUCCUUGUUGCUACCCUAAGAUCAGAACCAGCCCCACUGAAAUGAAAGCUGAGCCUGCAAGGGAGCUCAAAUACCCUCAUCUUGGUGAUGCCAAGCACUUUGCUAAAUAGGUGGCUCAGUUUUCACGCCUUUAAGCAGAAAGACAAGAGAGGAGGAUGUUAAGACGCCUCACGGGGCUUAAAGUACGCCAGUGUGGUAACAUCCAAUUUUUUUUUCUUUUUUUUUUUGAAAAAGAAACCUAAUUCCCUUGCCUACAUUGCAAAUAAUCCAUGAAAAUAUUAAAACCAACAGAGUUAUUUCCUGGUUGCAGUUGGUGUUGUCUAUUUUCUUUUAAUGGUUGACCUUCCUUGGAAGGGAGAUUGGUUACUUUUGCCCAUGUCUGGUCAGCUUUACUAUUCAGGCUCAUAUUGUUGAUGUGUAGUUGCCAGUGCUGCAAAAAAGCAUUUCUGUAUUUUUUUAAAUUAGUCCUUUUCCCACUUUCCUGUUAGAAUUACUAGCAGAAAUAUUACUGUUGGCAUGAGGUUCCUGAAGAUCUCAUGAUUUACAGACCUCAAAUCUGGCCCUUGCAACCAUCUUUUACUUGCUCCUGAUUCUGGCAGAGCUUGCUGCCCACGCUUAAAGGACAAUUUUGAAAAGGCGUCACUGAUUUAUCUCAGUUCCUGUCAGAGCUGCACACUACUGCUGUCCAGGGGUAUAUGUAGAUAUUUCACCUUUCCAGCAUUUUAGCUCUUUUCUUACCUUUUCUAUCUCUUGAAGGAUCUGCUGUGAUAUGUCAGAGGAAAAAAUAUAAUCCCUAGAAGAGAUUAAAAAAGAAUGCAUAUGUGAGCCAGUCUGAUAACACCCUUCCCAUUCAGCUGUCUUUGAUCAAAAGAAAAACAUGAAAAAUAUGCAAAUAAUUUCCAGAUGUGAUGAUCAGCAUUAAAAUUAGCCUUGUUUUCAAAACAGAAAAGCUAGUCUAAAAGCCUGCAUGUUCUAAUUACUUUGGAUUGGGAUGGAUGUGUGUUGUGACUGGCCUUCAGAUGCCAGGCCCUGGCUUGAUGUCAAAACAUGAGCAUAAAAAUACACCUGAUUCUGACUGUACAGGGGUCGUCAAAUCUUUCUUAAGCAACAAGGUAAGAUGAAACCGAUUAGAAACUUUCAGAAUCUGCUCCCAUCAGAAAGCAUCCUUUCUGGCACGGUCAGGGGGAAAGAAGAAUCUCAGGAAGAAAAAACAUGACUUUUUGAGCAGAAAAAUCUUUUUUUCAUUUGGGAAUAUUCUUGUAUUAUACAGAAUUUGGAAUUUUCCCAAAAAAGCUUUCCAAUCAAAACGAAACGUUUUGGUUUACCAAUCCGCUUCCCCCGCUUAAGCAGCCUAAUUUUUUUUCUCCCCAUGGGUAUUUUUUAAAUUAUUUUCACUCAAAACAAAUUUGAAGUCAAAUUAUAAACUUCUUCAUGAGGCAAAAAUACCAAGUUCCCAACCAGUCUGAUCACUAAGCUGUGAAAACGCCAACCUCUGUGCUGCCAAGGACUAUGAUACCAGGUAGUGGCUAAGAGUCCCAGCUGUGCACCUGAGCCAGAGCAGAGGGUACUGUGUAUUAUGAGAUACUUUACAAUAUCCAUAAACUCAUUCAUAAGUUGGGAGCCUCUGGCCCUAGAUACUGUACAAAGCCAGGACAGAAAGAUCUCCCUCCCUCCCAAAUGGGCUAUAAUUUUGCCCUCCUUUUCUUCUUUUAUUUAUUUACUUUAAUUUUUGCAAAGUUCUCCCCUCUGUCAAUCCUACUUCUGGGAUCGGAGACAAAAAGCCAAUUACGAGCAAGAAUGGCGUGCGUAGGGAAAACAUGCCAGUCACGUUAGUGCUGCUGUUCCUUCCCUUCUCGCGCACGGCUUCCUGAGUGGAAAACGAAUGGGGAAGCUGUGGCUGCGACUGUGUAGGGAACGUUCCCGAGGGCAGGAAGAGGUGGGUUGAGCCUGUUUCCUCUCACCCAGCGGGUGUAGUGCAUUGACCGAUAACAGUUAGCAACAUUUUAUUCUCUAUUUAGCCAUGUAAAUGGCUAAAGAAGGGACUGCGCGCACAGUGAAUCCAAGCCCCGUUUUCUCUUACUGCAUCACAUUUCAAAGAACUAGGUAGGAUUUUGCUUUUUUUUUUUCAAAAGACCCAAACUGCAAUAAUAAAAAUGAUUCAGCUGCAAUCACAGUGAUUUUCUCUAGUCUCUUCUCAACACACCUACGCCAAGGAAGCCGCUCGCACCACCGAGGGUGCUUUGCAAUGGCAACGCCUUCUAGCCCAGCUUGCUACUGACCCGGGGGGGUACUUGAGCCAGCAGAGCGGGGAGGAAUUUAAGAAGCCGCAGCUAUGCACACAGAUCAUUCUUGGGAUAGAUUUGCAGUCCAUGCACUGCAGCACCCCUAAGUCACCAAAGGAAGGACGUUGUUCUUGAAUUGCCACUGGAACCUCUACAAAGGUUUCCAGCAGGUUUUUUGGGAGAAAAAGACGAGAGGGUUCAAGAGCCUGUUCAUUUUUAUCAUGCAAGUCACUCAAACCGAAACAUGCCUGAGCGCUAGAACGGCCACAGAGCAACCCAGCGAGAGCCAGAGCUUUCCAUUCUCUAAGGCCCGGCCUGUGGCUGCCUCCUCACCAGGGCCACAGAUGUAAAUCAGGCAGCCCUGAAGCAGCAACUCUCCUUCACUUCCAUCAAGGCCCAGAAAAUCAAGCAAUGAAAACUUGAGCCUCGGCGCGGCAGGCCCCUGGGAGGGCUCUCUGCAACCUGAGACAACCUCCCCGCCGUCUCGGAGGCAUUAAGCUCGAGAGCUGCAGCAGUAAUCUCAGCUUCCCCCAAGUCCCUUGGCGCUUUGCUAUUCUUUUCCAAAAGCCCCUCAGCAUUGCCCUGGGCAUUGGGCAGCAAUUUUUCAAGAAGGGCAACUGUUAACAUGUAAAUGAAACAACUCUGAAAAAAGCAAGCAGUUUCUUUAUACCCGCUCCCCACGCUACAGGAUCAAGGGCAGAGUCUACCUAGAAGCUGAGAGCUUUUGUUUUCAUGCCUGCCUGGCACUUGUACCUUCCCUGCUGUCUCCUUUCCUUUUGCUGCCCCUGCCCCAGUCUCACCGCAGGGGAAGUGUCCCCGCGGAUGGCCCCAACCGCCUGUACUCCUGGGGGCCCUUUACCUGGCCGUACCCCAUGUUCGGCAGGCAGCUAUGCCAAGAAUAAACCUGUAGACACAGUGGCUCAGCAGGAGCAUCCCGUGGGAGCAUACACCUGGGGUGCUUCACAGCACGGCGAGGAAAGCUUGCAAGGGGAGCAGUCUUGUUUCAAACGAGGAAAUCAUGACAAAAAUUCAAGAAUUUGAAGAGCAAGAUCCCUUUCUGCUUUACGCAGCACAUGCCUGAGCCUGGAGGGGAUUUCAAAGCUGAGGAAAGCCUGUCCUCCAAGGAGGACUGCACUUGCCGCGAGCCCAGCGAAGGGCAGGCAGAUGGCCCCGGCGGUGCUAGCGCAGGAGCUGGUGGGCAGGCUGGCUCUCCGGGGAGCCAGCAGCUGCCCCAGGCAGGGGAGCGGGGCUUGCAGACCCGGCUACUUGCAACACCCCUGUUUGGUACCACGGAAAGAACCAGAACGAAAAGGCGGCAUUCCCUGUGUACUGGGCAGAGUUGGCAUGUAAAUCGGAGCAAGCUGAAUGCCUGAAGUAGAUGGUGCAAGAACAGCUAUAAAUGUAAAACAGGAAUUAGUAUCUUAAGACUGCUGUCUUGACUUCUGUGCGUGCCCGGGGGAGGUGGGGGCUGUGCUGUCUGCCCGAAAGAGAAGUCAGGGAUUAAGGUGUUGAGCUGUGUAUAGAUUGGAAACUCCCUUUCACAGAGGAAAUUUCCAGAUUGGCUUUAUUCCAGAAAAUCAUUCCCAGUUUCUCCUUGAGGGACAUUUCCAAAAGCUUUUCAUUUUGAUUUCUGACUUUCUUCCUUUCAGCUGUCAGCUACAGUAUUAUGCAAACACAUUUAUAAUGAAAAAACAUUAAGAACGAAAUGGCAAAUCUACUCGGAGCACUGAGCGUGUUGGUGCUCUCAGAACUGCGCCCUCUCUCCUCCUCAGUCUUCCCCCGUGAAGGCCACGAGUUCAGCAGCACAUUGGGGUUUCAGAGGAACCCUGGAUGCUGAGGGAACUGGUCCCCUGAAAUGACUCCCAGUGGCUUCAGUAAAAAGGAGUAAGACUGCCUGUUUGCUCCUUGCCUUCACACGCUUCUGCAUUUCUCAGUUCCCUUCUGCAGUUCAGUAGCUACCGGCUUCCAGAGCUCCUCCAGUCUUGCUUUCCACUCAGGAAGGCGGUGGGAGAGAAGGGAAGGACUGUGUGAUCAACCAGGGACUCCAUCUGUGCAACUGCACGAUGCUUAUCAAGGUCAGGUUUCCCUGAAAAGCCCCACAUCGACCUUUCCCUGGUGGUCUUGCCACUGGGAGAUCUGUUUGCUAUCAGAAAACAAGCAGAAAGGGAGGAAGACCACGCUGUGGCAGGAAUAUUGCCAGGUCCCAGAGGCAGGGUGGCUGCACCCACUGCUCGGUAGCUCGAUGCACUGCUGGGUUAAGCUGUCUCCAGUCCUAGAGCAGUGCACUUGGUGUUGGUUAGAGAAACAGGGUCUAGAAAACAGCGGGGGAUUUUUUAGUUGAGCAACAGCUUCAUUUUGGCUUUAUGCCUGAAAGUUUUGCUCAGCCUGGAGUACAGUGCACAGUACCCAGUGGAAGCUGUUUCCCAAAGCACCUGCCACACACUUGUUUCUCAGGUGUUAAAACUCUGAGUAUGAUUUCAGAUUUGCCAAAUCCUCCUCCCCAAAUCUGAGCUUCCUUCUUUCAGCACAGCUGUAAUGUACUUAGGAACCUGCCCCGAUCUAACUCUGGAACAUUUUUUUAAAAAGCUUGCAUCUAGUUACCUGCUCUUAAACGAGUUUCCUUCAAUCCACUGUAGAGAAAGAGUUCAUAACUUCCCUCUUAAAUAUAUUCCUGUUUCUUCAAAAAUGUCAGAAACCUCCUCUUAAACAAGGAAAUCUUUGCCCAAUUUUAGCUUCCAUAAUUAUCAUUGUUUAGUAAGUAGCAAAGAUUUACUGAGAACGGGGCACUGGAGCCCCUGAUCGGAGACCCGCUGCAGAGCUACGCCCAAAGGCACGCGACAGGAAGGCCAGCCGAGCAUUCGCUGCGAUUUGCAUCACGAAUUCCCCUCUGCCUCCCCGUACGCACCAUCCAGCCCCACAGGGAUGAACGUGCAAAUACCAGGCAGGCAGCAAACAAGACACCAGCCUGCCUUUCCUCUCCCCCUCUGGGCCCCUUCAGUCAGACUCCUAGAAAACUUGAUGGCUAUGUAUUCCUGGGAAUUCCACCUCGCCUUCACAUCUAGGCACUGAGAACAGAAGACAUUAACUUCCCUGCCCCUCCUCACCCCCUGGACUGGCACUGAAUUUCAAAGGGCAAAGCUGGGAAGAAGCCCUUUGCUUGCUCAAGAAUAGGUAGGAGCAUGGAGGGAGGAAUGCUGUUCCUGCAAUCACUACAUUUCUUUCCUGUUGAAGAGUGGAUUGCAAAAGGAGCAGAAAAGCCAGCUGUGGGCUAAGAGGCAGCCCCAAGCAUGCAGAGUGCUGUGCCCAGAGCAGUUAAGUUCAGACACCACAGCAGUUUCAGCAGGCUGCUCCUGCUCCACAAAGCUCCCAGGCUCUCACCUCCCUUUCUUAUCUGCUAGAUCCAAGCAUGUGCUUAAGCAUUUUGUUGAAUCUGGCUCCUUUGGUGGAGCCUUUGGAUUUGUUCUUCAUGCUGCAAUAGUCUGGCUGUGAUGCUGAAAUAUCAGAGCUUUGUUACAGCUCGGCACAUCCAAUAACCAAUUCCAGGUCUUCUGAUAAAAGCAAAGGUCCUUGGGGACACCCGAGUGUUAGCUAUUUGUUGGAGGGUUUGUUUGUUCUUUAAGUACAGCAGGCAGAGCAGAGAUGCUGAUCUGCCAGCCCAGUCCUACAGCCUGCAAAGAGGCUGACCUGCUAGGCCAGAUACUGAACAGCCACGCAUGGCCACAGUCCCACCAGCUCCCAGGGCUGCAUUAACUCAUCCCAGCUGUGAAGUUUCUGGGAAUGCCAUGCAUGGGCUGAUCAGGAGGCGCUGAUCCACCCAGCGUUGCAUUGGUGAGGACUGAUGCUGGGAUCAGGCAGCGGCAGGAAGAUCUCUGAAAGCUAUGACACCACUUGCAAUCCAUGCUAAGAGCACAGCAGUCCUGCCCACCCGCCUGGACAUCCCUGUUGUGCAAGCCAGGCAGGCUCACUGGUCAGUCUCUGGUCUCCCCUUUUCCCGAGAGAUCCAGAAUUCCUCCAGGUUUAGCUUUUUAUCCAUCACACAGCAGAGACCAGCUUCAGCAAUGUGUCUGAUCAGAACUUCAAAGCACGAGGAAGCGAUUCACCAGCCAGCUAACCAGAAAUCCCCAAGACUAACCUCUGCCCAGUUUGCUGUGCGAGAAAGGAACAUUCUUUUCUCACUCUGCUGGUAGACAACUUAUUUUUCUGUAUCCAAUACUUGAAGGAAUCAGAUGCCCCUUUCCUAUUUCAUUAUUAUAAUUAAGCCUACACAGCUUUCUUGAUCCACUUCUCUCUUCUGUGCUAUCCACUCCUCCCAAAACUCUUGGGCAAACGAAGACAGUAAAUGGAAAUCAGGCCUUGGAGGCUAUGAUGCCUCCUGCCUCAAGUGCCAUGUGGGUUUCUCCCCUAACUAGCUAUUGCUCAGAGGAAAAUGAGAAUUUUCAAAGAAGCUAAAAGAGAAUUUAAGGUAUUGGGCUCUUCUUUCCCACAAUGUCCAAACAGUUUAAUCUCACCUAACUUUAGCCAUUUAGCUUCCUUACACAGAAAUGUUAUCUCCAGUGUACCUAAACUAUUUUAGAUGCUUAUCUUGGGGUGGAGAGAUCACAUCCUAGAGGUGCUGAUUUCUUUCCAUUAACUGUAUGCAAGUCCAAACAGCUAAAGUUGGAGAUUACUCCUGUCCAUAAACAAAAUGGGUAAUCCCAUGUCAUACCUCCAAUUCAUUUAAACUCCUCGGAAAGCCUUUGUUUCCCUAUCUACUGUACAAAGGGGCUUUGAAGGUGCUACUUUUUUUGCCGCAACUGCUCAAUAGAAUAUUUACAAACAUGAUAGUGAUUUUAUUGUUGUUCAAUCAAUUUUUUUUCUUUCAGACUUGUGUUUCAGUUUCUCCUUUCCUCUUCUUAAAAAGGGGAUGGGGAGGGGGGAGUGGAAUGGGUUGUUUCUUUUGGAAAAAACCUGCACUGAUUUUUAUGUAAAUUAAACCUUGCAUAUGUACAGACUCUGGGACAUUGCUCCAGUCUGCUGCAGCUCUGUUUACGUUGAUUGAUUUUAAGGCUGUGAUUAAAAAUUUUUAAAUUAAAGAAAUAUUACAAAACA